AGAGGGUCAUCCACGAAGAGGGCGGGGACACUUCCUUUCUUGGGCUAGGUAGCAGAUAAUAAAAGUGGUACAAGGACGACUGAAGUGAACAUGGCCCCCAGCACGCAACGGAAUGAAGCUGUGUCUGACGUAAAAAAGGGAAUUCGGGCAAUCCUGCUUGGACCCCCUGGUGCUGGGAAAGGAACACAGGCUCCUCGGUUGGCAGAGCAGUACUGUGUGUGUCAUCUGGCCACGGGGGACAUGCUGAGGGCCAUGGUGGCGUCUGGCUCUGUGCUCGGCAAGAGGCUCAAGGAGACCAUGGAUGCCGGGAAACUGGUCAGUGAUGAGAUGGUGGUAGAACUCAUAGAAAAGAACCUGGACACGCCUCCCUGUAAGAAGGGGUUCCUAUUGGAUGGAUUCCCCCGCACAGUGAAACAAGCAGAGAUGCUGGAUGACUUGCUGGAGAAGCGCACAGAGAAGCUGGACUCUGUGAUCGAGUUCUCCGUCAACGACUCCCUACUGGUGCGCAGAAUCUGUGGCAGACUAAUUCACCAGCCUAGUGGUCGCUCCUACCACGAGGAGUUCAACCCACCCAAAGAGCCAAUGAAGGACGACGUGACAGGGGAGCAGCUGAUGCGCCGCAGCGACGACAAUGCGCCCACGCUGCGCUCACGGCUGGAGGCCUACCACGGACAGACUGUGCCCCUGGUCAAAUACUACAGUGCCCGCGGCCUUCACAAGGCAGUCGACGCUGGCCAGUCCCCCGACGUAGUCUUCUCCUCCAUCCUCGCCGCCUUCUCCUCGGCCACAGCCGCCACCUGUAAAGACCUGGUGCUCUUCAUCUAAGCUCCCGCUCCUAUCAUCUAGCUUUCCAACUUUCCUUUUUUAGUCUCUUUCACACUCGGGACUAGUCUGUGCUCUGUUCUCCUCCCCUUCUUUGUGUCUCAGCUCUCCACUUUCUUCAUUCUGUGGUGGGGUGUCUCCCUUGUACUUGAACACGCUCCACUACUGGGACUUGAAUAGACUUCUCCUGGAAACUACAGAGACUGGACUAGCUGGUUAUAAUGGAGUGUAUAAGAUGAGUGUAAUUUCCCCUUGGGCCAGGUAUACAUAUCAGUGGUAAUCCAAAUACAUGUUCCUUUGUCACGUUCUUUGUAAACCAGUGUAGACGAACAGUGAAAUGCUUACUUACGGGCCCUUCCCAAUAAUGCAGAGGGAAAAGAGAAAUAACACAAGGAAUAAAUGCACAAUUACUAACGUUAACUUUGCUAUAUAACACGUCUAUUAUAAUGUAGCUUCAUUGAUGGUCCCUGUACUUGGAUUAAAUUAAGGAAGCAGUAGGGAAUAGGGAUGUGAUUAGGAAUGACUUACAUUUCACCUGAAUGUAAUGAGUCCAGGAUAGAUGGCAGGGAUAGCUAAUGUCGUGCAAUGUCAGAAGUCUACUCAGGAAUUCAUUAUGAAUGUAUUGACUAAUACUUUGACAGCUUGUGUGCUUUGGUUAGUGAAAGCAUGCGACUUUUCUAGAGCAUAGUCAAAGUACCUGUCAUACAAUGUACAUUUAGUUCCCGUUAACCAAUAACACUUUGUUCCUAUUGAUGUGACGUGUAUAUUCCACAAUAUGACUAGGCUACAGGAAAGGGCAAAGGAGACUCCUUUGCCCUUUCCUUUUUCCUGUCUCGAUUUGUCCCUUCUCUGUAGACUGACUUCUCUCCUCUGACUGUGACUGCGUGACGUUCUCAGGGUCGUCGGAUAACGAUAGCGGUUGUAUAAUGUGAUGCUAUAUUGGCCAGUCGGCUUGCUGUUUGAAUUUUUCUAGCUUUGACUAGAUAAUGUUAGAGUAUCAAAACAAUGACGCCACUGCAUUGAAUGCUGCUUUAGUUCACAUAGUCAAGUUUUCUACUGGCAAAAUGAUUGUUAAUGUACUGCUAAGUCACCAUUUGUAGUUCAGUGUUAAUUUAAACUUAUGUGAAGCCUAACGGCUGACGUGUUUGCUUGUUAAAUGGUAAUACAUUAAGUUUUAGAAAUGGCUGUUGGAAGCCUAAUUGCACUAUAGAUGGACUGGAUUGUUAAGUUGCACAAGGACCUGUAGAUGUCCAAGGGAGCAACUUGUGACUGUAGCUAUAGUUCUGCCUCAUGCAUCUUUGAAUGACUCAACUCAGUAUAUUGUUAAAAUGUUUGUGCAUGUCUUUAAAAUCUCCUGACUCUUUUUUUUUUUUUUUUUUUUUUUU